CUAAACGAUUCUUCUCAUUCGGUCGAUAUUAGUGGUUUCAAAUUUCUUCACAGGUAUAGGCAAAAUAGAACUGGAGGUGGGGUGGGUCUUUAUAUUUCAAACGAUCUAGAGUUCAAGCUUCGAGAAGCUUUGUCCCUCCAUAAUGGUGAUAUUGUAGAAUCGCUGUUCAUUGAAUUAAUAAGACCUCGAGAAAAAAAUAUAAUUGUUGGUAUUGUUUACAGACCGCCAAAUCACAGACUCGACGAUUUCUUGUCUACAAACAAUGAUCUGCAUGAGUUGUUAGGUAAUAUCUCUAGGGAAAAUAAAAUAUGCUUCCUAA